GUGAAGUCUGUAUCUAUAUAGACCGGAAAAUACACAAACCUAGGAGGAGACCCCGUUCACCACUGAAAGCUAUGUUACUACACAUGUAGAAGAAACUCUUUCUCUCUCCUCUUUUUAGAAAGAGAAAGUGUUUAUAUAUAUAUACACACAUAUAGAGAGAUAAAGAGGAAGAUAGAGACGACCGAGAUGUCAGUGUGUACGUCGUCGGACCUGACGCCGGAGGAAGAGAAGCUCACGAUUAGAGACAUUGCUACGGCUGCCGAAUCUCAAACCAAAGAAGGAGAUACCUUUUAUUUAAUCACUCAAAGAUGGUGGCAAGAUUGGAUUGAGUAUGUGACCCAAAUCCAAACAACUAUAACAAAUGAUGGAUCUUCUUCCGAGCAUCACGAUUCAGUUGGUUCAAGCAGUUUAAAGAGGCCCUCUGUUAUUGAUAAUUCUGAUUUAAUAAAUGAAGCAGCUUCAGAGGACUCCACUUUAGGUCUUGAGCUUCAUGAUACUCUAGUAGAAGGCACUGAUUAUAUAUUGCUUCCUCAAGAAGUUUGGAACCAAUUAUAUGCAUGGUAUGGAGGGGGUCCUACAUUGGCUCGAAAAGUAAUCAAUUCUGGUCUCUCUCAAACAGAACUGGCCGUGGAAGUGUAUCCUCUGCGUCUUCAACUACAUCUGAUGCCAAAAGGUGACCAUUCUGCUAUAAGAAUAAGCAAAAAGGAAACUAUCGGAGAGCUUCACAGAAGAGCUUGUGAGAUUUUUGAUCUUAAUUCAGAGCAAGUAUGCAUUUGGGACUACUUUAGUCAUCGAAAACAUGCUUCGCUGUAUGAGAUGGAUAAAACGCUUGAUGAUGCCAACAUACAGAUGGAUCAGGAUAUUCUGGUUGAGGUUGACAAUGUCAACACUGGUGGUUGCUUGAGUUCUGUUCAGGAGAAUGGAUCUGCAGAAAAGGAAUCAACCUCGGUCCUUGUAGAGCCUUCUAAAUCAAGCUUUUCAAUCGCAGGAGGUUUCUCUGCAAGCAAGGGUUUGUCUAGAAACUGCAAUUCAGAGUCGUCACAACUUCAGAACCUAAAUUCUGCAGCUAGAGAAUCGGAUAACACACAUGGGAUCAGUGGCAUUAAUACAAGGGGGUCUUCUGGUGGUCUGACUGGAUUGCUGAAUCUUGGAAACACUUGCUUUAUGAAUAGUGCAAUACAGUGCCUUGUUCAUACGCCAGAGUUUGCUAGAUAUUUUCGAGAAGAUUACCAUCAAGAAAUAAAUUGGCAGAACCCUCUGGGCAUGGUUGGUGAGCUAGCUCUAGCAUUUGGUGAGUUAUUGCGAAAAUUGUGGGCACCUGGACGAACCCCAGUUGCUCCUCGGCCAUUUAAAGCAAAGCUUGCUCGCUUUGCACCGCAAUUUAGUGGGUAUAAUCAGCAUGAUUCUCAGGAACUCCUUGCUUUUCUGUUAGAUGGACUUCAUGAAGAUCUGAAUCGCGUCAAACACAAGCCUUAUAUAAAAUGUAGAGAUGCAGAUGGGCGACCUGAUGAAGAAGUUGCUGAUGAGUAUUGGGCGAAUCACAUUGCUCGUAAUGAUUCCAUAAUUGUGGAUGUGUGCCAAGGCCAAUACAAGUCAACGCUGAUUUGUCCUGUAUGUAAUAAAAUCUCUGUUACAUUUGAUCCCUUCAUGUACCUUUCCUUGCCACUCCAAUCCACCACCACUCGUACUAUGACUGUGACAGUUUUUACUUGUGAUGGAAGUGCUCUUCCUACUGCUUGCACCGUGACUGUUCCAAAGCAGGGACGUUGCAGGGACUUGAUCCAAGCACUUAGCAAUGCUUGUUCCUUGAAACACAGUGAGAAGCUUUUGCUUGCAGAGAUACGAAGUCACUUGAUUCACCGGUUCUUGGAAGAUCCCUUGAUAUCGUUGUCUUCCAUAAAAGAUGAUGACCACCUUGCUGCCUACAAGAUUCCAAAGUUUGUGAAGAAUACAAAAUUUCUUCAACUUAUACACCGUCGGGAAGAACAGGAAGCUGGUAACCCCCAGAGCACAAUGGGGUGGAAGCCAUAUGGAACACCUCUUGUUUCACCAAUUUCAUGUGAUGAUAUUAUUAAGAGAGGUGAUAUACAGUCGAUAGUUCACACAAUGCUCUCUUCCAUGCUAAGGACCAAGAAUCUAGGACAUCCUGAUACCUCUGAUACAUACACAUCAUUAGCAGCAUCAGAUCCAUCUCAUGCCACUAGUUCUACUGAAGCAUGCACGGACUCCAAUGUAGCUGAUUCAGUACACAGGGAUGAUGGGAGUUCUAAAACGGUGACCUUAUCAAAACUGCCUCUACAGUUGGUUGAUGAAAAUAAUGCAUGCAUUGACCUCUCAGUGGGAGAAGAGAGGGCUGUAAAACUGUCCUCAUCAUCAAUGUCAAUACUUGUAUUUAUUGAUUGGUCAAAGAAGCUUUUGGAGAAUUAUGAUACCCAAUACCUAGAGAACUUGCCAGAAGUGUUCAAGUAUGGACCUGUCACUAAGAAAGCUCGUACUGAACCUCUAUCCUUGUAUACUUGCUUGGAAGCGUUUCUGCGUGAAGAGCCAUUGGUACCUGAAGACAUGUGGUAUUGUCCUCGAUGCAAGGAACGACGGCAAGCAAGCAAGAAGCUGGAUCUAUGGAGACUUCCUGAAGUGCUUGUUAUCCAUCUAAAGAGGUUCUCAUACAGCAGGUCAAUGAAGCAUAAGCUUGAAACCUUCGUCAAUUUCCCCAUUCAUGACUUUGACUUGACAAAUUAUGUAGCUCACAAGAACAAUUCCCGUCGUCAGCUUUAUGAACUUUAUGCCUUAACUAAUCACUAUGGCAGUAUGGGAAGCGGGCACUACACUGCACAUAUUAAGCUUCUAGAUGAAAACAGGUGGUACAACUUUGAUGAUAGCCACAUAUCACUCAUUAAUGAAGAAGACGUAAAAUCAGGCGCUGCCUAUGUGCUGUUCUACAGGAGGGUAAAAACCGACGAUGCCUCUGUAAGUAAUGGAGCACAGUCCUCUGCAGGUCACAACAAUUUAUCAUCUCAAAAGUAGACUACCAGGACAUGUAUAAUUUACAGAAAAGAAAAGUGAUAUCCUGUUUGUCUGUACACUAUUUUUGUAUUUUAUGAAAUAUUUAGAAAUACACGAGCCUUCCACCGUUGCCCGGAUCUCAAUGUGUUUAGCAAUGGCUUUAAAGGUUGAAAUGUGAAGUUCUGAUAUUAAGUUUGUACUUUGAAUUUGAGGCCUUGUUACUUUGAGCUUA